AUGGCAGCGGCGGGCAGGCUCGGUCCGGGCGGUGUGCCCGCGGUGCCGGUCGCCAGCGGCCACAGCAUCCCGGUGCUGGGGCUCGGUACUUCCCACCAGGGUGGCUAUUCCCAUGCCGCAGUGGUCCAUGCCCUGAGGAAAUGUGGCAUUCGUCAUAUUGACACAGCAAAAAGAUAUGGCUGUGAAUCGCUUAUCCAAAAGGCCAUCAGAGAGAGUGGUGUGAAGCGAGAGGACCUCUGGAUAACUACCAAACUGUGGCACAGUGAUUAUGGCUAUGAAAACACAAAAAAGGCCUGCUUGGAAUCAUGUGAAAGACUUGGUGUUGAAUAUCUUGAUCUUUAUUUGAUUCACUGGCCUGAUGCACAAGUUCCAGGUAAAAGCAAUCGAGAGGUCCGAGCUGAAACCUGGAGGGCGAUGGAAGAGCUAUAUGAGAAAGGUUUGUGUAAAUCAAUUGGUGUAAGCAAUUUUCUUAUCAGCCAUCUUGAACAACUAAAGGAGGACUGUAUGAUUACACCACAUGUUAAUCAGGUUGAAUAUCACCCUUUCCAAAGACCUCAGGAGCUGGUUGAUUAUUGUAGGAGCAGAGAUAUUGUUUUUGAAGGCUACUGUCCUUUAGCCAAAGGUGAAGCACUCACUCAUCCUGCAAUCAUUCAGCUGGCAAAGAAAUAUGGCAGAACUCCAGCACAGAUUUGCAUAUGCUGGAGCAUACAGAAUGGGAUUGUCACUAUUCCAAAGUCAACAAAGGCAGAACGGAUAGAGGAAAACUGCAAGGUGUUUGAUUUUACAAUUGCAGAAGAUGAUGUUGAAAUUCUGAAUGGAAUGCAUGAUGGGAGACAUGUUUCCUGGGAUCCAACUUCUAUUGUGUGAAUCAAGGUUUUUGAUUUUAAUCUGAGGAAAGAAGAUAUGGAAUCUUUGAACACUGACUAUUAACAGAAAAUUAAUUCAUCUAACCUAUUCCCUGUGGAAAGAAUAAUUUAAAACCAGAUUGUUCUAAACUGGAAAAGUGAUGUAACUGAAACAUUAAUUAGUUUUAAACUGAACAAUAAAUCUGAAUUGUUCUAUUAGGUACUCAGUGUACUCAAGAAUCAAUAUAAAUUGUUUGUAUUUACUCUUAUGUUAACAAAUCAAUAAAAUAAUUUA